AUGCCCCCGCUGACUUGUAAAAUCAACUUCCUCUUCAGAAUCAUUCACUUUUCCGAUUCGUGGUUCGAAGUUAGGUCUAUCGCGAAUGCGAAUGGUCUGCAGAAUACUGGAAGAUCUGGAAUAUCGAAUACUGAAAUAUCAAACACUGGAACAUCAAAGGACCCCGCUCGCUUGCACUUGUUCUUUGUUCAUCAACACUACACCACACCACACUGGCACACCACACCACGCCACACCACCGCGCAGAACUCUCCAGACUCCGAGUGUGAACAAGAUCUCUCAAGAUCUCUCAGGAUCUCUCAUUCAUCGCUCUUUACACCAGAAUCACUGAAUCAGCACCGCGUGGAGGAUGUUUGUGGUUUAUUGGGGAAUGGUGUUGGUGUUGGUGUUGGUGUUGGAAUUGGUGUUGGUGUUGGUGUUGGUGUUGGUGUUGGUGUUGGUGUUGGUAUUGGGACCGACUCGUUUAAUGGUGGGACAAGUGCACAAGAGGACGGAGAGGGGUUGGGCUAUACUAUUAUUUCGAAUGGGCGAUUCAUCGAGUGGCGACUGUUGGUGCAGGAGCUGGAAAUAAACCCCGAAGGCGAAGUGGAUUUGGAUUUGGGAGGAGGUUUAAUAGGCGUGACGAGAGGUUCAAUAGGCGCGACGACACGGAGAGGUUUAACGUUUAACUUUCUCUGGUGUGUGUGGUUCCGAAGAGGAUUUAAUCAACUUGGAGAGGUGCGAGACUCGAGUCGUAUCGGAGUUGCUGAAGCUUCGUUCGCCUCCUUGCUCUCACUCAGGCUGAACUUGAACGGUAACGAUGGUCAUCCUGAUGUUUCUGGUAACAACACUCGGGUUCAAGCACGAGUCAGCGAACGAUGGACUAUCACCACGAUCUCACUACAAGUACCGGGUAAAUGGACUGCAAAUAAAGAGUGCGGCGGGUUGGAUGUUGGAUGUUGGACGUUGGACGCUUCAAGUUCGCCUUCAACAGUCCAUACUGAGUGGAAAGAACGAGUAUACUUAAAAUUUGUUGGUGAGAGGAGCAUAAGGGAGCCACAUGCUGUUGAAGUCUUACUGCUGCUCAUGAAAGCUCUUGAGAAUUUACUAGGCUCAACUGCACUUGAAGCAGAGCUCAGGCUGGACUAA